AUGCUCAAGGUUCUGUCCUCUACAUCCACUACAGCUAUCGUGGACGAGCUAGAUGAAGUGUUUGCCCUAUUCGGUCUACCGUCUGUACUGGUUUCGGAUAACGAGCCACAGUUUGUGUCGGAGCAGAUGACCACUUUCUUGCAGCGGCUGGGCAUUCGUCACAUCCGCUCCAGCCCACGUUAUCCACGUUCCAAUGGCAUGGUGGAACGACUCCAUCGUCUCGUCAAGGAAAGAAUGGUGGCACUGAAGCCUCAUUUACCUUUCCGUCGACGACUGAACCAGGUUCUGUUCGACGUCCGACAUUCUCGACACCGCAUGUUGGGAACCUCUCCAAACGAGGCUCUGUUCUCUCGCCCAUUGCGUAGCAGAGUUCCUACCAUGAUCCCUUCUCGCAUUGUCAACCCCAGAAUCCAGCUGAGAGCAAAGACCACAAUGGCACGUGAUCAUGACGCUCGUCGGGGAGUGAAGGCCUUGCCACAUCUGCAGGCGGGCAAGCGGGUGAUCCUCCAUGACGGAUACAAUGAUCCAGCUAAGCCGUGGACCGUGGUGGAGCAGUACGGGAGGCAAGUGGGAGUAACCGACGGUGUCCGGAUUCUGCUUCGUAACCGCCAACUUGUCAGAGAAUUGGUCUAG